AGCCAGUCACUUACUGGAUCUCUGUAUUUUAAUUCACAGCUGCAAGAUAAAAUACACGGUUCUGACCUAUGCAAAUGAACAAUUUACAUAAAUGGGGCCGCUGCCCCCAUCUCAUUUUCUGGUUAUCCCUGUUCCGGGGUGGGGCUGUGGGGUGGGAUUAGUUGUCUCCCCAGAUGCGGAGGGCCCUGGACCACUAAUGCAGGGGAAAAGCAGGCGAGGGGGACGGUCCUUUAAAAAAGGUGCGGGGGCGGCGAAAGGAAAGCCGAGCCCUGCGCACAACAAUUACGACCAUGGAGAAGGGCCUCGUUUAGGGGGCCGUGGGUGCCAGAAGGGGCAAGAAUGGAGGCGGACGAAUUCCGAGAGCCAGCAGAUUCUGCCGACUCAAGCGAGCGUCCGCAACCCCGGCGGCGCGCGGGCCCGGGAUGGUGGCGAAGGUGCCCAGCGGCGGGCCGUGUAACGUCCGGAUCCCGCCCCGGCUCUGGGCCGCAAACACCUCCUGGGCCUCUGCCGCUCGCGUCCACUGUCUCCCGGCUCCUGAGUGGCUGGGGGGCCGGGAUUAACCUUUCACCGCCGCGCUCUGUCCAAUCACAGGCUCGCUCUCAUGCCGGCGCGGGGCGAGUGGAGCGUGGGGGCGCGGAGGGGGCGGUGCGGGCGCCGUUGGGAUUCUCCAAGCCGCUGUGCGCCGUUGCCGCAGGCCGUGCGCGGGCUGAGGGCGAGCAGGGCGCUGCGCAGUCUCCGCAAGCGCCGGCGGGAGGGGUCGCGGCGGAGGCGCGGCGCAGCGCGGCGCAGGCUGCUUCAGGCCCAGGUGAAUGGAGUAACCUGACAGCGGGGACGAGGCGACGGCGAGCGGGAGGAAAUGGCGGCGGCGGUGGCGGCGCCGGGCGGCACCGGGAGGCCUGGGCUGUGACGCGCGCGCCGGAGCGGGGUCCGAUGGUUCUCGAAGGCCCGCGGCGCCCCGUGCUGCAGUAAGCUGUGCUAGAACAAAAAUGCAAUGAAAGAAACACUGGAUGAAUGAAAAGCCCUGCUUUGCAACCCCUCAGCAUGGCAGGCCUGCAGCUCAUGACCCCUGCUUCCUCACCAAUGGGUCCUUUCUUUGGACUGCCAUGGCAACAAGAAGCAAUUCAUGAUAACAUUUAUACGCCAAGAAAAUAUCAGGUUGAACUGCUUGAAGCAGCUCUGGAUCAUAAUACCAUAGUCUGUUUAAACACUGGCUCAGGGAAGACGUUUAUUGCAGUACUACUCACUAAAGAGCUGUCCUAUCAGAUCAGGGGAGACUUCAACAGAAAUGGCAAAAGGACGGUGUUCUUGGUCAACUCUGCAAACCAGGUUGCUCAACAAGUGUCAGCUGUCAGAACUCACUCAGAUCUCAAGGUUGGGGAAUACUCAAACCUGGAAGUAAGUGCAUCUUGGACAAAAGAGAAAUGGAACCAAGAGUUUACUAAGCACCAGGUUCUCGUUAUGACUUGCUAUGUCGCCUUGAAUGUUUUGAAAAAUGGUUACUUAUCACUAUCAGACAUCAACCUUUUGGUGUUCGAUGAGUGUCAUCUUGCAAUCCUAGACCACCCCUACCGAGAAAUUAUGAAGCUCUGUGAAAAUUGUCCAUCAUGUCCUCGUAUUUUGGGACUAACUGCUUCCAUUUUAAAUGGGAAAUGUGAUCCAGAGGAAUUGGAAGAAAAGAUUCAGAAACUGGAGAAAAUUCUUAAGAGUAAUGCUGAAACUGCAACUGACUUGGUGGUCUUAGACAGAUAUACUUCCCAGCCAUGUGAGAUUGUGGUAGACUGUGGACCAUUUACUGACAGAAGUGGCCUUUAUGAAAGACUGCUGAUGGAAUUAGAAGAAGCACUUAAUUUUAUCAAUGACUGUAACAUAUCUGUACAUUCAAAGGAAAGAGAUUCUACUUUAAUUUCUAAACAGAUACUCUCAGACUGUCGUGCGGUAUUGGUAGUUCUGGGACCCUGGUGUGCAGAUAAAGUAGCUGGAAUGAUGGUAAGAGAACUACAGAAAUAUAUCAAACACGAACAAGAGGAGCUGCACAGGAAAUUUCUAUUGUUUACAGACACUUUCCUAAGGAAAAUCCAUGCACUAUGUGAAGAGCACUUCUCACCUGCCUCACUUGACCUGAAAUUUGUAACUCCUAAAGUAAUAAAACUGCUUGAAAUCUUACGCAAAUAUAAACCUUAUGAGCGACAGCAGUUUGAAAGCGUUGAGUGGUAUAAUAAUAGGAAUCAGGAUAAUUACGUGUCUUGGAGUGAUUCUGAGGAUGAUGAGGAGGAUGAAGAAAUUGAAGAAAAAGAAAAGCCAGAGACAAAUUUUCCUUCUCCAUUUACCAAUAUUUUGUGUGGAAUUAUUUUUGUGGAAAGAAGAUAUACGGCAGUUGUCUUAAACAGAUUGAUAAAGGAAGCUGGCAAACAAGAUCCAGAGCUGGCUUACAUCAGCAGCAAUUUUAUAACUGGACAUGGCAUUGGAAAGAAUCAGCCUCGUAACAAACAGAUGGAAGCAGAAUUCAGAAAACAGGAAGAGGUACUUAGGAAAUUUCGAGCACAUGAAACCAACCUGCUUAUUGCAACAAGUAUUGUGGAGGAGGGUGUUGACAUACCGAAAUGCAACUUGGUGGUUCGUUUUGAUCUGCCCACAGAGUAUCGAUCCUAUGUUCAAUCUAAGGGAAGAGCGAGGGCACCGAUCUCUAAUUAUGUAAUGUUAGCAGAUACAGACAAAAUAAAAAGUUUUGAAGAAGACCUUAAAACAUACAAAGCUAUUGAAAAGAUCUUGAGAAACAAAUGUUCCAAGUCAGUUGAUACCGGUGAGACUGACAUUGAGCCUGUUGUGGAUGACGAUGAUGUUUUCCCACCAUAUGUGUUGAGGCCCGAUGAUGGUGGUCCACGAGUCACAGUCAACACGGCCAUCGGACACAUCAAUAGAUACUGUGCUAGAUUACCAAGUGAUCCGUUUACUCACCUGGCUCCUAAAUGUAGAACCCGAGAGUUGCCUGAUGGUACAUUUUAUUCAACUCUUUAUCUGCCAAUUAACUCACCUCUUCGAGCCUCCAUUGUUGGUCCCCCAAUGAGCUGUAUACGAUUGGCUGAAAGAGUCGUAGCUCUCAUUUGCUGUGAAAAACUGCACAAAAUUGGCGAACUGGAUGACCAUUUGAUGCCAGUUGGGAAAGAGACUGUUAAAUACGAAGAAGAGCUUGAUUUACAUGAUGAAGAAGAGACCAGUGUUCCAGGAAGACCAGGCUCCACAAAACGAAGACAGUGCUACCCAAAAGCAAUUCCAGAAUGUUUGAGGGAUAGCUACCCCAAGCCCGAUCAGCCUUGUUACCUGUAUGUGAUAGGAAUGGUUCUAACGACACCUUUACCUGAUGAGCUCAACUUUAGAAGGCGGAAGCUUUAUCCCCCUGAGGAUACCACAAGAUGCUUUGGAAUACUGACAGCCAAACCCAUACCUCAGAUUCCGCACUUUCCUGUGUACACACGCUCUGGAGAGGUUACCAUAUCUAUUGAGUUGAAGAAGUCUGGUUUCACGUUAUCUCUACAAAUGCUUGAGUUGAUUACAAGACUUCACCAGUAUAUAUUCUCACAUAUUCUUCGGCUUGAAAAACCUGCACUAGAAUUUAAACCCACAGACGCUGACUCAGCAUACUGUGUUCUACCUCUUAAUGUUGUUAAUGACUCCAGCACUUUGGACAUUGACUUUAAAUUCAUGGAAGAUAUUGAGAAGUCUGAAGCUCGCAUAGGCAUUCCCAGUACAAAGUAUUCAAAAGAAACUCCCUUUGUUUUUAAACUAGAAGAUUACCAAGAUGCAGUUAUCAUUCCAAGAUAUCGCAAUUUUGAUCAGCCUCAUCGAUUUUAUGUAGCUGAUGUGUACACUGAUCUUACCCCCCUGAGUAAAUUUCCUUCCCCUGAAUAUGAAACUUUUGCAGAAUAUUAUAAAACAAAGUAUAACCUUGACCUGACCAAUCUCAACCAGCCGCUGCUGGAUGUGGACCACACAUCUUCAAGACUGAAUCUUUUGACACCUCGCCAUUUGAAUCAGAAGGGGAAAGCUCUUCCUCUAAGCAGUGCUGAAAAGAGGAAAGCCAAAUGGGAAAGUCUGCAGAAUAAACAGAUACUGGUUCCAGAACUCUGUGCUAUACAUCCAAUUCCAGCAUCACUGUGGAGAAAAGCGGUUUGUCUCCCCAGCAUACUUUAUCGCCUUCACUGCCUUUUGACCGCAGAGGAGCUAAGAGCGCAGACAGCCGGCGACGCUGGUGUGGGAGUGAGGUCACUGCCCGCGGAUUUUAGAUACCCCAACUUAGACUUUGGGUGGAAAAAAUCUAUUGACAGCAAAUCUUUCAUCUCAGUUGCUAACUCCUCUUCAGCUGAAAAUGAGAAUUACUGUAAGCACAGCACAAUUGUCGUCCCUGAAAAUGCUGCACAUCAAGGUGCUAAUAGAACCUCCUGUCUAGAAAAUCAUGACCAAAUGUCUGUGAACUGCAGAACGUUGUUCGAGUCACCUGGUAAGCUCCAAAUUGAAGUUUCAACAGAUCUUACAGCAAUUAAUGGUCUUUCUUACAAUAAAAAUCUUGCCAAUGGCAGUUACGAUUUAGCUAACAGAGACUUUUGCCAAGGAAACCAUCUGAAUUACUACAAACAGGAAAUACCUGUACAACCAACUACCUCAUAUCCCAUUCAGAAUUUAUACAAUUAUGAGAACCAGCCCAAGCCCAGCGAUGAAUGUACUCUACUGAGUAAUAAAUACCUUGAUGGAAAUGCUAACAAAUCUACCUCAGAUGGAAGUCCCGCGAUGGCCGCCCUGCCUGGUACUACAGAGACUGGUAAGGCGCUCACGGACAGGACGGCUUCUGAGCAGAGCCCUUCUCCCGGGUACUCCUCGAGAACGCUUGGCCCAAACCCUGGACUUAUUCUUCAGGCUUUGACCCUUUCAAAUGCUAGUGAUGGAUUUAACCUGGAGCGGCUCGAAAUGCUUGGCGACUCCUUUCUAAAGCAUGCCAUCACCACGUAUCUCUUUUGCACCUAUCCCGAUGCUCACGAGGGCCGCCUUUCCUAUAUGAGAAGCAAAAAGGUCAGCAACUGUAAUCUGUAUCGGCUUGGAAAAAAGAAGGGGCUGCCCAGCCGCAUGGUGGUGUCGAUAUUUGAUCCCCCUGUGAAUUGGCUUCCUCCUGGUUAUGUAGUAAAUCAAGACAAAAGUAACACAGAGAAAUGGGAAAAAGAUGAAAUAACAAAAGACUGCAUGUUGGCUAAUGGCAAGCUGGACGAUGACUUCGAGGAGGAGGAAGAGGAGGAGGAGGACCUGAUGUGGAGGGCUCCGAAGGAGGACGCCGAGGACGAAGAGGACUUCCUGGAGUACGAUCAGGAGCAUAUCAAGUUCAUAGAUAACAUGUUGAUGGGAUCCGGAGCUUUUGUAAAGAAAAUCUCGCUUUCUGCUUUUUCAACCACUGAUUCUGCCUAUGAAUGGAAAAUGCCCAAAAAAUCCUCCUUAGGUAGUAUACCAUUUUCAUCAGAUUUUGAGGAUUUUGACUAUAGCUCUUGGGAUGCAAUGUGCUAUCUGGAUCCUAGCAAAGCUGUUGAAGAGGAUGACUUUGUGGUGGGGUUCUGGAACCCAUCAGAAGAAAACUGUGGUGUUGACACAGGGAAACAGUCCAUUUCUUACGACCUGCACACCGAGCAGUGCAUUGCUGACAAAAGCAUAGCCGACUGUGUGGAAGCCCUGCUGGGCUGCUAUUUAACCAGCUGUGGCGAGAGGGCUGCUCAGCUUUUCCUCUGUUCGCUGGGCCUGAAGGUGCUCCCGCUAAUUAAGAGGACUGAUCGGGAAAAGGCCGUGUGCCCGACCAGGGAGAAUUUCACCAGCCAACAAAAGAACCUUUCAGGGAGCCGCGCUGCCGCCUCUGGAGCUGGCUCCCGCUCCUCUGUGUUGAAAGACUUGGAGUAUGGGUGUUUGGAGAUCCCACCGAGAUGUAUGUUUGAUCACCCAGAUGCAGAUAGGACACUGAGUCACCUCAUCUCGGGUUUUGAAAAUUUCGAAAAGAAAAUCAACUACAGAUUCAAGAAUAAGGCUUACCUACUACAGGCUUUUACACACGCCUCCUACCACUACAACACUAUCACUGAUUGUUACCAGCGCUUAGAAUUCCUGGGAGAUGCAAUUUUGGACUACCUCAUAACCAAGCACCUUUAUGAAGACCCGCGGCAGCACUCCCCAGGGGUCCUGACUGACCUGCGCUCGGCUCUGGUCAACAACACCAUCUUUGCAUCGCUGGCUGUGAAGUAUGACUACCACAAGUACUUCAAAGCAGUUUCUCCCGAGCUCUUCCACGUCAUCGAUGAUUUUGUGCAGUUUCAGCUCGAGAAGAAUGAAAUGCAAGGGAUGGAUUCUGAGCUUAGGAGAUCUGAGGAGGAUGAAGAGAAGGAAGAGGAUAUUGAAGUUCCAAAGGCCAUGGGGGAUAUUUUCGAGUCGCUUGCUGGUGCCAUUUACAUGGAUAGCGGGAUGUCGCUGGAGAUGGUUUGGCAGGUGUACUAUCCUAUGAUGCGGCCGCUGAUAGAAAAAUUUUCUGCAAAUGUGCCCCGUUCCCCUGUGCGAGAAUUGCUUGAAAUGGAACCAGAAACCGCCAAAUUUAGCCCGGCUGAGAGAACUUAUGAUGGCAAGGUCAGAGUCACCGUGGAAGUAGUAGGAAAGGGGAAAUUCAAAGGUGUUGGCCGAAGUUACAGGAUCGCCAAGUCUGCGGCAGCAAGAAGAGCCCUACGAAGCCUCAAAGCUAAUCAACCUCAGGUUCCCAACAGCUGAAACCCCUUUUUAAAAUUAAACAACAACAACAACAACAAAGAGCAGAAUUAAGGUGGAAAAUAAAUUUAAGUUGAAAAGGCUGAUUUAACACUGAUAGUGAGUGGACUGGAUUUGAAGGCAGAAUUUAAAGUUUGUUUGAUAACAAGAUAGGUUACAGAAUAAAACAUUUAACAUAUGUGUAAAAAUUUUGGAACUAA